AGCCGCCGCACUGCCGCCGCCGCCACUGAGGCACAAGCAGCCACGGCGCUUAUUUACUGAAGGGGCUUGUCAAGAAGAUGGCGGCUUCCUGGGCGGCAUGAAAGGAUGUAGAGUUAGCAAUAUCGACAGAAAACAAACACACACUCGGGGUUGAAUUCGUUUAACUGCGUCUCUCCCUCGAUUUUUUCGGUUUUUAAAAUUAACAACUCGGAAGUCUCGAGUAAGUAUUGGUUCACGCUUCGAGAUGCGCGAGCGUGAAUACUUUUGCACCAUUCCGAUGACGGCUAACGGUACAGCCGCCAUUUUUCUUAAGGGAAGCUAGCUUAGCGAUAAACGAGACAAACGUACAUUUUGAGGGGAAUGCAUAAAUGCCUCUCUUUCGUGAUGAAUAAAAACACACUGCAAAUGAAGCAUGUAACAUUUCUCUGGCGUGCCGAAACAUUUUUUUUUUGCACAGCAUUCUUUAUUGAACUCCUGCUACAAAACGUCGCCGUCUUAUGCUAACGCUAUCAUAGCUUAGCCGUCGUACUAGCCAUAAAGCCAUAGAGAGACCUCGGCUAGUCUGCUAACGUGACUAGUUAGCUUGCUUAGCUUAAGCUGGUUAGCAUUCGCCGUGUUUUGUAUUAUGUUUUACAUGUUUAACUCAGCGCGUUUACAGUGUCGGUUGGUAAAUACACGUUAUUUUGGCUGCAAUUUGUUUUUGGAUCUUUAGCAAAACGUUUGCACGCUGAGAUAAAAGCGCUUAGCAUUUCUGCUAGCCGGAGGUGGAGGCGAUUAUUUGGUUUUGUUGUAUCAAGAUGGCGGCUCCCAUAGAAAAAGGCUGCAACUGAACACUCUCGGGUGGGAAAAAAAAUAAAAAAUAAUAAUAAUAAAAACCGCUGUUCAGCAAAUUCGAGAAUAAAUAAAGUAAUGGAGAUUUCUGCUUAGGUAAUUGAAUUGGGUUUCUCAAAGUGCAGGAAAAUAUUUUUAAAAUGAAUUAAGCAAGCCAAAAAAAUAUGGAAAUUGAAGGGGUUUUUGUUCACCGCCCAUUUUUUUUUAAUAUAUUCUAACGUUAGCUUUUAGUUAACCAUGCAGUCAGCUAAGCCACAUUUUUUAUAUCAUUGCCAUUUAUAUGAAGUGAUGUGUAUACACCCUUUAAAAAUAAACAUUUUUAAAAAAUAAAUUUAGCUAUUUUUGAGAGGGCUUCUAUUUUUCUUUUAAUCUCUUGACGGCGGCUAGCUCGUUAGCUUAGCCUUUUAGCCAGUCGGCUAAGCGGCGUUAUUAUUAUUCCCAUUAGCCACCAGGUUUGCUAACCAAAGCUACAAGAUGGCGGCACCCGAUGGGAAUUUGCACGGCUUUUCUCUCUCUUUCAGACAUCUUUAAUAGACAAGAUGGGAACUUUAUUUUUCGGAUUCUCAACGGAACGCGAGUGGAAAUGAAUUUACAUGAGAUGCAUUAGCGUUUGCGCAAAUUAAAAAGAAAGACGGCUUUCAAAUCAGUCCUUUUUUCGGUGGGCUUCACCCGGCGGGCUUGUUUUAUUUUGUCGCAGAGCGAAUGCCGCUAAAAUGGCGGCUUCCAUUAGUUUUUUAAGCUAAGCUAGCAUCUUAGCUGGCUACAUUUUGUACGGACUCAAAACGCCAAUGUAUUGCAGGAAAAAAUAGUUUGCGAUUCGGUAUUGAUUAAUUUAGAGCUUUCUCUUUCCUUUUGAGUUAUUUUUUUGUUGUUGUUAACCGCUGAAAUGGCGGUCUGUGAGGAUUUUUACAUGAGCUAACCAAACCGUAGCUGGCUACAUUUUUUUUGUGACGCGGCUAACGCGAAGCCUUGAAGCUUUUAUUAUUAUUAUUAUUACAGUUUUUAAAACUGCUCAAGCGGAGCAGUGAAGUUGGAAUGGACUAGUUAUUUUUGUUGAAAAAGGAUUUUUUUUUCUUGCAUUAGGGGAAAUGGCUUCUUCUGGUACUAACACCACAUCGAGCGGUUCAGGCUCAGUGUUGCAGCCGAGGUGGAAGCGGGUGCUCGGAUGGUCCGGCCCGGUGCCUCGGCCUCGUCACGGCCACCGCGCCGUCGCCAUUAAAGAACUGAUGGUGGUUUUCGGCGGCGGCAACGAAGGAAUAGUGGAUGAGCUUCACGUCUACAACACAGCAACUAAUCAGUGGUUUAUCCCGGCUGUCCGGGGCGAUGUGCCACCCGGCUGUGCUGCGUAUGGAUUUGUGUGCGACGGCACCCGGCUGUUGGUGUUUGGGGGUAUGGUCGAAUAUGGGAAAUACAGCAACGAUCUCUAUGAGCUACAGGCCAGUAGAUGGGAGUGGAAACGACUGAAGCCUAAAGCUCCAAAGAACGGCCCGCCUCCUUGUCCACGCCUGGGUCACAGCUUCUCCCUCGUAGGGAAUAAAUGCUACCUAUUUGGCGGACUUGCCAAUGACAGCGAAGAUCCCAAAAACAAUAUUCCAAGAUACCUGAAUGACCUGUACACACUAGAGCUACGCCCAGGAUCCAAUGUGGCAGGCUGGGACAUCCCCAUCACAUACGGCGUGCUUCCGCCACCUCGCGAGAGCCACACAGCCGUAGUCUACACAGAGAAAACCUCAAAGAAGUCUCGCCUUGUUAUCUACGGAGGCAUGAGCGGCUGCCGCCUCGGAGAUCUCUGGACAUUAGAUAUAGACACACUUACCUGGAACAAGCCGUCAAUCAGUGGCACGGCUCCUCUCCCUCGCAGUCUCCACUCUGCCACCACCAUAUCCAACAAGAUGUACGUGUUUGGUGGGUGGGUGCCUUUGGUGAUGGAUGACGUGAAAGUGGCUACACAUGAAAAAGAAUGGAAGUGUACAAACACACUGGCAUGCCUAAAUCUAGACACAAUGACUUGGGAGACUAUUUUAAUGGACACCCUAGAAGAUAACAUCCCUAGAGCCAGGGCAGGACACUGCUCUGUAGCUAUCAACUCUCGACUUUACGUCUGGAGUGGCAGAGACGGUUACCGCAAAGCCUGGAAUAACCAAGUGUGCUGCAAAGACCUCUGGUAUUUGGAGACAGACCGUCCUCUGGCGCCGUCUCGUGUGCAGUUGGUUCGUGCCAAUACAAGUUCUCUGGAGGUGAGCUGGGGUGCUGUGCCCACUGCUGAUGCCUACCUGCUGCAGCUGCAGAAAUACGAAAUUCCAGCAGCAACGACUGCCUCAUCCCCCAGCGUCACUCCCACUUCCUCGCUGCCCUCCAACUCGCCCAAGAGUCCGGCCCCGGCUGCCGCUGCUCCUGCCGCUCAGAGCAUACCUGUCACAGGGGUCACCCUUGUACCACAGGUACCCUCACCAACCACAUCCAUGCCUGGGAGCCCACUUGCUGCAGCCUCGCCGCGUGGUCCAGCCAUCUUGAAAGUGGCAACACCUCAGGCCACUGCUGGGACGUCUAUUGUCACUGUGCGUCAGGCCAAUCAAGUGGGAAAAUCCCCAGUUACUGUUGCAUCACUUCCUGCCGGAGUCCGUAUGGUUGUUCCUGCACAGAGCGCACAAGGAACACCAAUUGGGAGCAGCCCUCAGAUGAGUGGCAUGGCCGCUCUGGCUGCAGCUGCGGCUGCCACGCAGAAAAUCCCUCCUUCAUCGGCAGCUACUGUGCUGAAUGUUCCAGCAGGAGCCACCAUAGUGAAAACUGUUGCGGUCACUCCAGGCUCCACAGCUCUUCCUGCUACAGUGAAAGUAGCUUCACCAGUGACUGUGAGCAACCCAGCAACUCGCAUGCUGAAGACGGCUGCAGCUCAGGCUGGAACUUCUACCAUCACUACCCCCAACACGCCAACACGUCCCAUUAUCACUGUGCACAAAUCAGGUACAGUGACCGUGGCCCAGCAGGCCCAGGUGGUCACCACCGUGGUGGGAGGAGUCACUAAAACCAUUACACUCGUAAAGAGCCCGCUCACUGUGGGCAGCGGCGGCACUCUGAUCUCUAGUUUGGGGAAGGUGAUGUCCAUGGUCCAGACAAAACCAGUACAGACAUCUGCAGUAACCGGACAAGCUGGCAGCCCUGUCACACAGAUCAUACAGACGAAGGGUCCUCUGCCUGCAGGCACCAUAUUGAAGCUAGUCACCUCAGCAGACGGCAAACCCACCACCAUUAUCACUACCACACAGGCAGGUGGCACUGGCAGCAAACCGACCAUUCUGGGCAUCUCCCCUACAACCACUACCAAGCCUGGCACCACCAUCAUCAAAACCAUACCCAUGUCUGCUAUUCAGCAGGGAGCUGCGGGUUUGUCUUACUGUGCUGCCUCCAGCACUGGUAUAAAGUCUCCUAUCACAAUCAUCACAACCAAAAUGGUGACGCCUGGCACACCAGGAAAAAUCAUCACUGCAGUACCAAAACUGGCUGCUGGAGCUGCACAGCAGGGAGUGACUCAGGUGGUCCUGAAGGGGGCACCAGGGCAGCCUGGCACCAUUCUUCGCACUGUGCCCAUGGGUGGUGUGCGUCUCGUUUCUCCUGGUACCACUGUAAAACCCACAGUUACCACACUCGUGGUUAAAGGCACCACAGGAGUAACUACUCUUGGCACUGUGACCGGAACAAUUUCAACCAGCUUGGCAGGGGGCAACGUUCCCACUGCUAAUGCUAGCCUGGCUACUCCCAUAACCACCCUGGGCACCAUUGCCACGCUCUCUAGUCAGGUGAUCAGUCCCACAGCUAUCACAGUGUCUGCAGCUCAGCCAAACCUGACUACAGCACCUACAGUGGCCAUACAGGCAGCUACACAGCCCACUCAGGUGACGCUGAUAAGCACCCCCAGUGGGGUGGAGGCACAGCAGGACCUCCCUGUGUCCAUUCUGGCCUCCCCCACCUCUGAACAGCCCUCCACCACAGGCACCGAAGCGGGCGAUGCCCCGGGUGAAGUAACUCUGGUCUGCUCCAACCCACCAUGCGAAACCCAUGAAACCGGUACCACCAACACGGCCACCACAGUCUCUGCCAAUAUCGGAAAUGAGCGUGUGUGUUCAAACCCACCUUGUGAGACACACGUAACUGGAACAACCAACACGACGACCACGGCAUCGGCCGACAUGGGACGCGUGCAGCAAGUAUGCAGCAACCCACCAUGCGAAACACAUGAAACGGGCACCACAAACACAUCAACACAGGCGUCCUCAAACAUGGGCACAGAGACCAACACGGUACAGAGAGUAUGUUCCAACCCACCUUGUGAGACCCAUGAAACCGGCACCACCAACACAGCAACGCAGGCAUCUUCAAGUAUGGGUAGUGCGGAGACUAAUAUUGUACAGAGAGUCUGUUCCAACCCACCUUGUGAGACCCAUGAAACCGGCACCACCAACACAUCCACCCAGUCCUCUUCCAGUAUGGGCAGUGCGGGGACCAACACUGUACAGAGAGUGUGUUCAAACCCGCCAUGUGAGACCCAUGAAACCGGCACCACCAACACAGCCACCCAGUCCUCUUCCAGUAUGGGCAGUGCGGGGACCAACACUGUACAGAGAGUGUGUUCAAACCCGCCAUGUGAGACCCAUGAGACUGGCACUACUAAUACACCCACACAGGCUUCGUCCAACAUCGGCACAGGGCAAAAUGGCAUGGUGCAGAGAGUGUGUUCCAACCCGCCAUGUGAGACCCACGAGACCGGCACCACCAACACAGCCACUACUGCCACCAGCAGCCUUGAGUCAGCCGAAGGAACAGCGCAACAGAGUGGUGACGGACAAGACGCUGGCACCAGUGCUGAGGCGACUUCAUUGACGGAACCUGCCAAUCCCCCAAUCCAGAGCAGAGCCAUCACCACUGUGACACAGGCCACACCCACCCCAGGACCCUCUGUUCCUGAAAUCUCGUCUAUGGCAGGCUCUGCUGCUGUAGUAGAGGGCUCUGGUGAAGCUGAAGCAAUGGAGCAGGGAGACUCUGAAGCAGUAGCAAUGGGCGAGGAGCCCAUGCAAACCGAGGGAGAACUGGGUGAAGAGGGAGCUGUUAGAGUUGUUGCUAUUGAGGAGGGUUCUGCUGGUGAGGCAGGCACCAUGCUCCAGGUUCACGUUGCCAUGGAAGCACAGCCAGGCCAGGGAGAGCAGGCUGAGGUAGGGAUGGAGCAGGGUGGUGAGAGUGCAGAGGCUGUGGCUCUGGCAGGGCAGGACUCUGAGGCCUUAGCACUGCCUCAGGAGCUAAUGGCAGCUGAGGGACAGCAGACCACAUUGAUGGUAACAGGACUGACCCCAGAGGAACUUGCUGUCACUGCCGCAGCAGAAGCUGCCGCUCAGGCUGCAGCCACAGAAGAGGCCCAGGCGCUUGCCAUUCAGGCUGUACUACAGGCAGCCCAACAGGCCGUGCUCAAUGAAGGAGACCCUGGACAGGAUGGUCAGCAGACCACUACCAUUCCUAUUGUACUGACGCAACAGGAACUGGCUGCUCUGGUCCAGCAGCAGCAGCAACUUCAGGAGGUUCAAGCAGCAGCCGCCGCCGCCGCCGCCGCCUCUGCCCAGCAGCUGGGAGCCAAUUCGGGGGCAGCGCCUCUGCCCACUGAGGGCCUGGCACCUGCGGACAGCCUCAAUGACCCCACAACCGAGAGUAAUGGCCAUGAGAUGGCUGCUGCAGCAGUAACUGGAGCUGUGGCUCAGCUUCUACCCAGCACUUCUGCAGAGACUUUGGCUCCAUCGAGUACACUUGCCCCAGCCCAGCCCAUGGUGGUUGCCAGCCCUGCCAAAAUACAGGCUGCCACUACACUUGCUGAGGUGGCCAAUGGCAUCGAGUCUGCAGCUGGGAAGCCAGGAGUACCCCCUGCAAUUGUGAAACCACCAGUGAAGAAAGAAAAUCAGUGGUUUGAUGUUGGAAUAGUAAAGGUUACCAACAUGGUCGUUACACACUAUUAUGUCCCAGCAGACGAUUCGGAGGUUAUUGAUGAUGAUUCUGGGGCAAUACCAGACUACAGUCAAAUGAAGAAAGUGGAGCUCUCUCCUGGCACUGCAUACAAGUUCCGUGUGGCCGGAAUCAACGCUUGCGGCCGUGGAACGUUUUCCGAAGUGUCUGCGUUCAAGACAUGCUUGCCUGGCUUCCCUGGAGCACCAUGUGCCAUUAAAAUCAGCAAGAGCCCUGAUGGUGCUCACCUCACCUGGGAACCUCCAUCAGUGACGUCGGGGAAGAUCAUAGAGUACUCUGUCUACCUGGCCAUCCAGAGCUCUCAGACGACCGAGGCGAAAGCAUCUGCCCCGGCUCAGCUGGCCUUUAUGCGGGUAUACUGUGGGCCAAAUCCCUCCUGCUUAGUCCAGACUUCCAGCCUGUCCAACGCUCACAUCGACUACACCACCAAACCCGCCAUCAUCUUCCGCAUUGCUGCCCGCAAUGAGAAGGGCUACGGCCCUGCUACACAAGUCAGGUGGCUACAAGAAACGAGUAAAGAUGGAUCUGCUGCCAAGCCUGCAGCAAAGAGACCGGUCUCAUCUCCUGAUACGAAAGGUACCGGUCCCAAAAAGGCUAGAGCUGACCAGUGAGAGAUUUCAACAUGCCCCUCCCCCUUUGAGACCAAGACCCCUGACCGAACUCCUUCCUGCUGAAUGCCCUCCCCAGCCUUAUUAAACCACAUCCCCCACCACUUCCUACUUAACAUGAAAUGACAUCGGAGGGAAAGGAGAAAGUUCACGAUAAUCUGUUUGUGCCCUACCCCAAUCAUCACUGGACAUCCUGGUGCCAUGGACGCCUUAUCGCUUCGACUGUGUUAAAAUGAAAACCGUAUUAUAAAUGUUUCUUCAGACAAACAGUUAAAAAGCACAUUCUUUUUGCUUUGUCCCGGAAGUUUCGUGUGAUAAAUUUCCAAUGGCAGCAUUCAGUCAAGUUUAACUGUUGUUUUUUCUGUAGUUCGUUUUUUUUUUCUCCUUCCUUCAUGUUCCUUUAUUUUAUCUUACAAGCAAUAGAUAAAAAAGAAAAAAAAACAAAACAAAAACAACUUUGCUCUUCUGCCAGUUUUUUAAGUCUGUAUAUUUCAGUUGGACACAGACGGACGUUGGACGGUAACUGAAGAGGGAGAAAGCCGACAAUGAAGCUACACCUGGGAAUCCAUUGAAGGAUGGGAGGGGGGGGAAAAAAAGCAACAACACAGCACUUGGUGAUUGCUUCUGAAGAAAAAAGAAAAAACAAAAACACUUCAUUUUAAGACAUCUGUAAUUGUAUAUUCAAUCCAGUUCAGUAGCCUGUUAUUACAUCACUGUGUUUCCAUUCAUAGCUAAGUGGGAAUUGGAGAACUGUAUUUUGUACCGAAGACGUAAGGAACUCCGAUCCUUGUGUAGAUGGGGAGGCAUGUGACCCUUUUUUUCUUUUUUUUUUUCUUUUCUUUUUUUUUUUAAUUGCAUUGAAAUGCAUCUUGUAUAAAGAAAGAAAGGGGGGGUCCCAUAAAUAGUAAGAAGUGACGCAGAAGCUCGCUGUGUGUGGUUUAUUUUUGUAUUUUUUCUUUUUUUUAAAAAACAAAAAACAGAAAACAAUGUUCCCCUUUGUCAUCGUGUACGUGUGCGUUUGCUCAGUUUUAAAGAAAAAAAAACACGUUUUCUCGCUCAUUCCUCGUAGUCUCCGUGUCUCGUCGGGAUCCCGUGGCCCGUCGUCUCGUGUGCCGCAGAAUUUUCUACAUCCCUCCCACCUUUUAAAAGGAAUAUUUCAGACGACGAUUCGGAAACAAACAGAUCCGAAGUGAACUUUUUCUACUCGCUUUGGAGAAAGACUACCCACUUAAAACAAGCUUUAGCAUACUGAGUAUAAGUUGUUUUGUUUUUCUUUAUGCAUUUUUGUUUUCUCCUCCCGCCUUGUAUAUUGUUGAUCAUUUAAAGAAGUGUGUUUUGCUGAAAGGCUGUUUGUUUUUCUCCUUUGGUUCAUUUUUUUUUCCCCCUUCCUUUUCCUGUUAACCUUUUCACUAGUCCAUAGUUUAUGUAAACUUUUUUUUUUUUUCUUUCUGUGGAUAUCCCCCCCCCCCUUCAUGCUUGUUUGUGAGCUGGUUCGAGGUUAAAAAGCAAAACUGGUAUUCUUCUCAUUGUGGGGGGUGGGAAAUGUUGCAAGCAUUUUCAUUUAUCUUGGGGCAGUUUUUUUUUUCUUUUUUCCCCCCUCUUUACGCAGAUGGUUUCGGGGUGCAGGGUACAGAUGGAUUAACAGUGUCGGAUUGAGAUGGCUGAUGCGGGAUGAAGUUUAUUCAUUGAGUUCGGUUGGAUGACGCUCAAUUCCGAUCCUGGACCAGCAUGCUUGCUCUGAAACGUUAUUUGCAUUACAACCCCCCACCCCACCCCACCCCACCCCACCCCACCCAGUUUCUAGAAUGGUGUUUGACUGAAAAGUGGACCGGUUUGUUGUCUGAAUGGGGAAAUUUGAGAAACAUUGGUUUGCUUUUCUGACAAUUUUGUGAGAGUGAUGGAUUAUUGGCACAGCCAGCGUUUGAACUCAGUUGUAAAUUAGUUCUUUCACGUAGCAAGAAGUAAAACAAAACUCCGCCUUUUUAUAUAAUUAUCUGUAACAAAAAUGUUUUUACAUGUUGUCAUCUAUUGAUUGCUUUUGUGUCUUGACAUAUAAAAGUAAUGGAAAUCUG